AUGUCUGUUGUUAAAAGAAAAACCUGGUGUGCAGAAUCAAUGAAAAAGGCAGUAGAGGCAGUACAAAAGAAAGAAAUGGGCUACUUAAAAGCUUCAAAAACAUCUAAUGUUCCCAGAACAAUAAUAGAAAAGUAUGUUAAAAGCAAUAAUUUUGACGAAAUUAUAAGUAGCAGACUAGGCAGAAAGUCGGCAUUACCUUUAAGAAUUGAAAAUGAACUUGUUAAAUACUGUUUAGUAAUGGAAGAAAAAUAUUUUGGAUUAAGAGCAGCAGACAUUAAAAUCUUAGCAUAUCARUUGGCUAUUCAAAAUAACAUUAAUCAUCCAUUUUCAAAUAACACUUUUAUGGCAGGUAAAAAAUGGUUGAAUAAUUUUCUUAAACGUCAUCCUGCACUUGCACUUCGCAAACCAGAAGCCACAUCACUUGCUAGAAUAAAAGGUUUUACAAAAGAAAAUGUUGAAUCAUUUUAUACAAUAUUGGGAAAAGAAUUAGAAAAGGUAAAUUUUAAUCCUUGCAAAGUGUUUAAUGUUGAUGAAACAGGGAUCACUAUUGUUCAACAUAAGCAAACAAAAAUUAUUGGUAUGAAAGGGAAAAAACAGGUUUCCAAARUAACAUCAGCUGAAAGAGGUUCACUUAUGACUCUAGUGACAUGUAUGAGUGCAUCUGGAAUAUAUGUACCACCCCUUAUAAUUUUUCCUAGAAAAUAUAUGAAAGCUGAACUUCUAAAUGGAACACCUCCAGGUACAAUAUCAGCAUGUCACCCAUCAGGUUGGAUCCAAAUGGAUAUUUUUACACGAUGGGUUGAACAUUUUAUUAGCCAUGUUAAACCAUCUACAUCUGAGCCUGUAAUUUUGAUACUUGAUGGACACUAUUCACACACUCGAAACUUAGAUGUAAUUGAGUCUGUAACUGCUUAUCAAGUUGGAGAACUAAUGGGAAGAGCUUACAUGAAAGCUUCUACUAUUGAAAACGCUGUUAAUGGCUUUAGAAAAACUGGAAUCAUUCCAUUUAACCCAAACACAUUCCAAGACUAUGAAUUUGUGGCAGAAACCACUAUAAACAACGAAGAAAACAUUCCACAACAAGAAUCUACAUUAGUAGCCUCACCUAUUUCACCCGUUUGUACUAAUAUAGAGAUAAGUGAAAUUAUAGGUCCAUUUGCCGCCCACACCGCCUAG